AUGAUGAUACAAGAUAAUAGUAGUAGUAAUAAUAGAAAUAAUAAUAACAAUAAUAAUAGUAGGAUAUCAAUAUUAAUUGAUCCUCUUAUGAGUGAAUGGAAUGAUGUUUUAAAUAAUAAUAUUAACAAUAAUAAUAAUAAUAAUGGUAGUAAUAGUAAUAAUAAAGCAAUAGGUAGAUCAAUUGCAUCUAUUAUAUAUGAAUCAUUGAUAGAAUAUUGUAGAGUGAUAUUCGAUUUAUUCUAUGAUUGCAAAACAAUUUCUAUAUUUACAACUAUAAGGAAUGCAUGGAGGCUGAACGAUCGUACUAGAGUUGAACAAUCGUUGAAACAUAUCAUACAAUCAAUAACAACAAUCAAUAUCAACGAUGAUACCAUACAUCAAUCAAAGAUGACAGAAUCAGAUUAUAUACAAGCAUUGGAAUAUACUUUGAUUUCUUUAAUAGAGGAUAUAGAUGAUAUUAAUCAACAACAACAACAACAAGAUAAUAAUCAACAAGAUAAUAAUAACAAUCAUCAUUCUUUGAUAUUAUUAUUACCUCAUCAGAAUGGUGUAACUGAACAUACUCAUUAUAAGAUUGGUGAGAAUAAACUUGAUCUACCUAAACAAGUACAAUCAAUCAUCGAGAGAAUCAAUCAGCAAUCGACAAGACAGAUACAAAACUGUGAUCUGUUCAUUAUCAAGAUGUUUACACAACCAUCUCAAUUAAAUACAAAAUAUACAUUCAAACAUAUUAAACAAUCGAAUCAAUUGAAUGUAAUUGUAAAAGAUGUAUAUAUAUCGGGAUUAUAUCAAAUGAUGUCAGAUCUAUCGAUAAUUCAGUUUGAUCUAUCAUCGAUAUCCGUAACUGGUAUACCGAUGAAAGAGAGUUCACAGAACUCAACAAGAGUUAUCUAUGAUGUAAUUCUUCUAUACAAAGACAAUAAUAAACAAAGAAGAAAACAAAGAUUACAAAUUGCAAGACAACAACAACAACUGCAACAAACACAACAGAAUGAUCAACAGCAACAACAACAACAGAACAAUAGUAAUAAUAAUAAUAAUGUAAUAGAUACAAAGAAUAAAUAUGAGAAAUUUGCUAAACUUUUAAAUACGAUCAAUGAACAAAGUCAGUUGGAACCAAGUUUAACAGUUCGUUGGAGAACCAAUGAGAAAAAGCUGAUAUUCGAUACGAUGACCUUUAGCAGUUCACAUCGCGUAACACCGUUGAUACUCACUUCGAAUCCGUCUGUCUGUUUGAUGAAGCAUAUUUGUGCUGGCAAGACAGUGUUCUUGUCGCCACCAGACCAGGUCGAUCCUAUAACACAUAUUCUCGCGCUACACGACAACGAAGUACACCUCCACUUUCUUCACUCGCCAAUGGACAUUGCACAGCUUGUACCAAUUCUCGAAUGCUAUACGACCGAUGUCUCGAAAUACAGAACUUCAGACUUUUCCGACAUGAUCGAAGCGUCGAUACUCCAAUCGAAGCGAACCAACAUCUCCACUGGAAACAGCGGAAACUCGUUCCUCCUCACUGGCAUACCGAACCCUUUCUAUCAAGCAGAAGACGUCGACAGCAUCCAACAAUUCCAAGUGAGAACACCGCGUAUCGUUGAGAAAUACACGCGCAUCAUUGAGAAAUUGUAUAAUAAUUUAAUGUCCAUACCAACUCCACAACAAUCAUUACCUUCUCCACCAAAUCAACAACAACCACCACCACCCAUUCCAAAUCAACCGAUUAAUAAGAGAGUUGCUUCUCCUCAAACCGUUGUCAUGACACAACAGCCAAUUCAACAACAAAUAAGUGGAUUAUAUCAGAAUCUACAACAACAGAUACAAAUGCAACAGACGCAACAACAACAACAACUUCAACAGGCAGGCGCUGUUGGUGACUCAAGUGCCCUAUGGUCACAGUUUGAUAAACACAAGAAACAGGUGAAAGAAGAUGAUUUACGUGCUGAGCGUGAACGACAGAUGAAAGUAACCAACCCUUCGAUGGAACUGCAACCUCAGAACACAGAGUUGGAUCGCAAAAGAAAACUGCUCGACAGUGCAUCGCCAACCGCCAAACCAAAUAACUUUUUCAAUAGCUUCUGGGAGAACAAGAAUGGAAAACAACAAGCAAUCGAAUUGGAUGGUCGCAUUGGUGUAUCAAACCCACCGAAUUCACUUGGAUCAACAUCAAACAUAGUAAUCCAAUAA